UGCAUUACAAAUGCUUACUGGGUGUGUAACAUAUGAUUUAUGUUGACAACACGUUAAAAUGAAUGUUUUAAGAAAUACCAAUUAUAGCUGCAGAGUAAGCUCAGUGCUAAAUAAAGAUGUUAAACAAUAUGGCAAACAGUACAUGUUCGAUGACAAUGAAGAUACCUCGUGGAGUUCUGAUGAGGGCUCUUCUCAGUGGAUUUGCUUAACAUUAGAUGAACCACAAACAAUUAAUGGCUUUUGCAUACAAUUUCAAGGAGGAUUUGCUGGCCAAAAGUCAAAUAUUACUAUAUACUCCCAGGAUGGGAAUGUAGUGCACCAGGACGCAUUUUACCCCGAAGACAUUAAUUCUUCUCAAUAUUUUAAACUUCAAGACUUAAUAUGUCAUAAGAUUAAAUUUGUUUUUGAGUCAACCACAGAUUUCUUUGGCAGAAUCAUUGUAUAUAAGCUUCAACUAUUAAACUAGCAUUUUUACAAAACAAAAACCCCAAUAAAUUUAUGAUUGUACACAUCAA